AUGAGUUCUAAUCGGAAAAACACGAUCUUCGUGGACUUUGGUGUCCUCCCUGCCCGCCCACCGUUGGACUCCGUGAAAGCAUUUGUGGAGAAAAGCAUGGGCCUCGAGCCUGCCGGGAUCAAGUGCCUCCAACUGCACAACACCCGGAACGGCGUCCUCAUCGAAAUGGCUGACCCAGCAACAGCCACCAAAGCAGCAGCAGACAACAACUUGAAGCACACAAUCCGUUCAGGUGAGAAGUGUUUCCGUAUCCCGAUCUACGUUGACGACAAUGCCGUUGACGUCCGGGUCCACGACCUUCCACCGGGAAUGCCGAACAACGAGAUCGCUGACGGAAUGGCGCAGUAUGGAGAGGUGCUGACUAUUACGGACGACGUUUGGAAGAACUUUUUCCCCGGGAUUCCAAACGGGGUGCGGGUCCUGAGGAUGAAACUCUCCAAGCCGGUUCCGUCGUAUGUCAGCAUCAAGGGCCAACUAAGUUUGGCCACUCAUGCUGGCCAGACCCCGACUUGCCGACGAUGUGGACAGAAAAGUCACCCGGAGAAAACCUGCUCAUCCGUGAAACCAAAAAAGAAGACCGCGAUCGUGAACAACAAGAAGCAAGACAAACCAGCGACGACUCCUAUUGUACCAGCUGCAACAACAACAACAGUACCUGAUCCCAUCUCGAAGGUCACCGACGACGAUGGGUUUAGAACUGUUGAGAAGAAAGGGAAGAGUAUAAAACGACAGCUUUCUAUCGACUCCAAAACAACACCACAAGAGAAGCGCACUCAAAUAAAUUUCGACAGUGAAACGGAGAUGGACGAGCAAACGUUGCGACAAAUUAGCAAAGAAGACAGUGCAAAACUCAGAACGGACAACUUCAUGAAAUGGUGUGAAUUGAUGUAUAUGAAUUAA